AUGUCUCUCCCUCUUUCUUAUCCUGGUCUAAAAUGUGUUCUUGAAAAUUUGGAAGCAGUUAAACGUGUCCAUAUAAUUGCCCGUGCACCAGGUCUUCAAAAAAUAGAUAAAUUGAAACCAUUACGUUUGGAGGAUUUUUAUGUUGUUGAUAGUACAAAAAUGAUUAUCAACGAUUUAACAAUCAAUUAUUAUAAAGAUGAAGAAGUGGAAUUCGAAAUGCAUCCGAAAACAUCCAUCCGACAGAGAGCAGAGUCCCUAAGGGAGAAAAUAAAGAAGUUGAUCAACUAUUAUUUCUGUGAAAGGUCAAUCAUCCAUGUGGGCGAGUUGUGUUGGCUUGACCCGAAGUUCCAUGCAUUCUUGCCGGUCGAUCUGAAAUUCAGAGUGAAUUCUUUGACUGCUGCCUAUCGUCAUCACCUCGAUACCGCGAUUCUUUUUAUAGACCCUCGUAGUUUUCCUUUGAAAACUUUGACCAUUUAUCCCGACACCUUAACUUUUGACAACCAAGUUGUUAAGUCAGCAGAAAUCCUUAUUUUCAAUCUUUUCAUGGAUCGGAUAGUCACUGUUGAAGAACUUAAGAAGCUUAGCAACAAGAAAGUGGAAGUUGAACUCCGUAGCUCCUCCAGAAUUGAUAUAAUUCCAUUGAUUAAGUAUCACGUUGAAACUAAGAAAGUGAUUGAGACCACUUUUAUAAUUUCAACAGAUGACAAAGAUUUCCUCAAUGAGAAUUUACGUGAGUUUGAACUAGCGUUUAGUGAAUUCAAAUGUGAUUUGGAUGAUGUUAAUGAGAGAUUUCUCCCGGGAUCUUCUAGAUUCUCCAUCCCAAUCAACAACGAGUUCAGAAUCCAAGUCUACGCAAUCGAGGAUCCAGAAGAAGAUUGCCCCUACCAAAUAAUUGUGAAACCAGUGUCCAUCGAGGCCCCCAUAUCAACUUAA